UAGAGUUCGUUUUAAAUGAUUUCACUGUGGAGACCCACGUGCGGCUGGUGGCUAUAUUUUGGACGGUUCAGCCCUAGAGGGAGGCAGGGUGGUGGGGGGCAGGUCAGAGGCUCUUCCCAAAGGUCAUGCCUCACACGGUGUGAUCCCACCCCCUCUCAGGGGCUGUUGGAACUCCACAUGGUAUUGCCAGCGCCUGAUACUGAUGAGAAGAAUGGCCUGAACCUUCUGCGGAGGCUCUGGGUGGUCAAGUUUGACAAGGAGGAAGAGAUCCGGAAGCUGGCUGAGAGGCUCUGGUCAACCAUGGGCCUAGAUCUGCAGCCAGACCUCUGCUCCUUGCUCAUCGACGAUGUCAUCUAUCACGAGGCAGCUGUGAGGCAGGCCGGGGCCGAAGCCCUCUCCCAAGCAGUGGCGCGUUACCAGCGGCAGGCGGCAGAGGUUAUGGGCAGGCUUAUGGAGAUUUACCAGGAGAAGCUCUAUCGGCCGCCCCCGGUGCUGGAUGCUUUGGGACGAGUUAUCUCAGAAUCUCCUCCAGAUCAGUGGGAAGCCAGGUGUGGCUUGGCUUUGGCCCUGAACAAUCUCUCCCAGUGUUUGGACAGUUCUCAGGUGAAGCCACUCUUUCAAUUUUUUGUCCCUGAUGCCCUCAACGACCGAAACCCAGAUGUCCGGAAGUGCAUGUUAGAUGCAGCCCUUGAGACGCUCAACACGCAUGGGAAGGAGAACGUCAACUCGCUGCUGCCGGUGUUUGAGGAGUUCCUGAAGAACGCACCCAAUGAUGCCAGCUAUGAUGCUGUGCGGCAGAGCGUGGUGGUCCUCAUGGGCUCUCUAGCCAAGCACCUGGACAAGAGCGACCCCAAAGUGAAGCCUAUUGUCGCCAAGCUCAUCGCCGCUCUCUCCACCCCCUCCCAGCAGGUCCAGGAAUCCGUGGCCAGCUGCUUGCCGCCCCUUGUCCCCGCCAUCAAGGAGGACGCUGGAGGGAUGAUCCAGAGGCUGAUGCAGCAGCUGCUGGAGUCAGACAAGUAUGCUGAGCGCAAAGGGGCUGCUUACGGGCUGGCGGGCCUGGUAAAGGGCCUGGGCAUCCUGUCGCUGAAGCAGCAGGAGAUGAUGGCUGCACUGACUGAUGCCAUCCAGGACAAGAAGAACUUCCGCCGCCGAGAGGGAGCGCUCUUUGCCUUCGAGAUGCUCUGCACCAUGCUGGGGAAGCUCUUCGAGCCGUACGUGGUUCAUGUGCUGCCCCAUCUGCUGCUGUGCUUCGGGGAUGGGAACCAGUACGUGCGUGAGGCUGCAGAUGACUGUGCCAAGGCUGUGAUGAGCAACCUGAGUGCUCAUGGGGUGAAGCUGGUGCUCCCCUCCUUAUUGGCUGCCCUAGAGGAGGAAUCCUGGAGGACCAAAGCCGGGUCGGUGGAAUUGCUUGGGGCGAUGGCGUACUGUGCUCCUAAGCAGCUGUCGUCCUGCCUACCCAACAUCGUGCCCAAGCUCACAGAGGUGCUCACCGACUCCCACGUCAAAGUGCAGAAGGCUGGACAGCAGGCGCUCAGGCAAAUUGGCUCCGUCAUCAGGAACCCGGAGAUCCUGGCCAUUGCCCCAGUCCUGCUGGAUGCCCUGACGGACCCCUCUCGGAAGACCCAGAAGUGCUUGCAGACCUUGCUGGACACCAAGUUUGUCCACUUCAUUGAUGCCCCGUCCCUGGCCCUCAUCAUGCCCAUUGUCCAGAGAGCCUUCCAGGACCGUUCCACAGACACACGGAAGAUGGCAGCCCAGAUCAUUGGCAACAUGUACUCCCUGACAGACCAGAAGGACUUGGCUCCUUACCUUCCAAGUGUGACGCCUGGUCUGAAAGCUUCUCUUUUGGACCCUGUACCUGAGGUGCGGACGGUGUCUGCAAAGGCUCUUGGAGCCAUGGUGAAGGGCAUGGGGGAGUCAUGCUUUGAGGACUUGCUGCCGUGGCUGAUGGAGACACUGACCUAUGAGCAGAGCUCUGUGGAUCGCUCAGGCGCCGCGCAGGGGUUGGCCGAGGUCAUGGCUGGCUUGGGGGUGGAGAAGUUGGAGAAGCUGAUGCCAGAAAUUGUGGCUACAGCCAGCAAAGUGGACAUUGCACCCCACGUCCGAGAUGGCUAUAUCAUGAUGUUCAACUACCUACCCAUCACCUUCGGGGACAAGUUCACUCCUUAUGUGGGGCCCAUCAUCCCCUGUAUCCUCAAAGCUCUUGCUGAUGAGAACGAGUUUGUGCGUGAUACCGCCCUGCGUGCAGGCCAGCGGGUCAUCUCCAUGUACGCUGAGACGGCCAUAGCCCUGCUGCUGCCCCAGCUGGAGCAAGGCCUCUUUGACGACCUCUGGAGAAUAAGGUUCAGCUCUGUUCAGCUCCUUGGGGAUCUCCUGUUCCACAUCUCGGGAGUCACUGGGAAGAUGACCACAGAAACUGCCUCUGAAGAUGAUAACUUCGGAACUGCCCAGUCCAACAAGGCAAUCAUCACUGCCCUGGGGGUAGAUCGGCGGAACCGGGUGUUGGCAGGCCUGUACAUGGGCCGCUCUGACACCCAGCUGGUUGUGCGGCAGGCAUCCCUGCAUGUCUGGAAGAUUGUGGUCUCCAAUACCCCCCGCACCUUGCGUGAGAUCCUGCCCACCCUCUUUGGGCUCCUGCUGGGUUUCCUGGCCAGCACGUGUGCAGAUAAGAGAACGAUUGCAGCCAGGACACUGGGAGAUCUCGUCCGGAAGUUAGGGGAGAAAAUCCUACCUGAGAUCAUCCCCAUCCUUGAGGAAGGCCUGAGGUCUCAGAAGAGUGAUGAGAGGCAGGGAGUGUGCAUUGGGCUGAGCGAGAUCAUGAAGUCCACCAGCCGGGACGCUGUGCUGUAUUUCUCCGAGUCCCUUGUGCCCACGGCAAGGAAGGCCUUGUGUGACCCGCUGGAGGAGGUCAGAGAGGCGGCGGCCAAGACCUUUGAGCAGCUGCACUCCACCAUCGGCCACCAGGCUCUGGAGGACAUCCUCCCAUUUUUACUGAAGCAGCUGGAUGAUGAGGUGGUGUCAGAAUUUGCCUUGGAUGGUCUGAAGCAAGUGAUGGCCAUCAAGAGCCGUGUGGUGUUGCCCUACCUCGUGCCCAAGCUGACGACCCCACCUGUCAAUACCCGGGUGCUGGCUUUCCUUUCGUCUGUGGCGGGCGACGCCCUGACGCGUCAUCUUGGCGUGAUCCUCCCGGCGGUCAUGUUGGCCCUGAAGGAGAAGCUGGGGACUCCAGCUGAGCAGCUGGAGAUGGCCAACUGUCAGGCUGUGAUCCUCUCGGUAGAGGAUGACACCGGGCACCGGAUCAUCAUCGAGGAUCUGUUGGAAGCCACCCGCAGCCCUGAAGUGGGCAUGAGGCAGGCUGCUGCCAUCAUCCUCAACAUCUAUUGUUCCCGCUCAAAGGUGGACUACACUAGCCACCUGCGGAGCCUGGUCUCAGGCCUGAUCCGCCUCUUCAACGACUCCAGCCCUGUGGUUCUGGAGGAGAGCUGGGAUGCCCUGAAUGCCAUCACCAAGAAACUGGAUGCUGGCAACCAGCUGGCACUAAUUGAGGAACUACACAAAGAAAUCCGGCUCAUAGGGAAUGAGAGCAAAGGCGAACACGUGCCAGGGUUCUGCCUUCCAAAGAAGGGAGUAACCUCCAUCCUUCCAGUGUUGCGGGAGGGCGUCCUGACUGGCAGCCCAGAACAGAAAGAGGAAGCGGCCAAAGCUUUAGGCCUGGUGAUCCGCCUGACCUCAGCUGACGCCCUGAGACCCUCCGUGGUCAGCAUCACUGGCCCUCUGAUUCGCAUCCUGGGGGACCGGUUCAGCUGGAACGUGAAGGCGGCUCUGCUCGAGACACUCAGCCUUUUGCUGGCCAAGGUUGGGAUUGCCCUGAAGCCCUUCCUGCCCCAGCUGCAGACCACUUUCACCAAAGCCCUGCAGGACUCUAACCGGGGCGUGCGCCUGAAGGCUGCUGAUGCGCUAGGGAAGCUCAUCUCCAUCCAUAUCAAGGUGGAUCCUCUCUUCACAGAGUUGCUGAAUGGAAUCCGGGUCAUGGAGGACCCGGGUGUCAGGGACACCAUGCUUCAGGCCCUGAGGUUUGUGAUUCAGGGAGCAGGGGCCAAAGUGGACGUGGUUAUCCGGAAGAGCAUCGUCUCGCUCCUGCUGAGCACGCUGGGACAUGACGAGGACAACACUCGCAUCUCCUCGGCCGGGUGCCUGGGGGAACUGUGUGCCUUUCUGACGGAAGAGGAGCUCAGCACUGUUCUUCAGCAGUACUUGCUGGCGGACGUGUCUGGCAUCGACUGGAUGGUUCGGCACGGGCGGAGCCUGGCUCUCUCUGUGGCUGUGAAUGUGGCUCCCAGCAGACUCUGUGCAGGCAGAUACAGCAGUGAAGUUCAGGACAUGAUCCUCAGCAAUGCCAUGGCAGACAGGAUCCCCAUUGCUGUGAGUGGGGUCCGGGGCAUGGGCUUCCUGAUGAAGCAUCACAUCGAGACAGGAGGAGGACAGCUGCCAGCCAAACUCUCCAGCCUGUUCAUUAAGUGUUUGCAGAACCCAUCCAGUGACAUCAGGCUGGUGGCUGAGAAGAUGAUCUGGUGGGCAAACAGGGACCCGCUGCCUGCCCUGGACCCCCAGGCCAUCAAGCCCAUCCUGAAGGCUCUUCUUGACAACACCAAGGAUAAAAACACCGUCAUCAGGGCCUACAGCGACCAGGCAAUUGUCAACCUCCUCAAGAUGAGGCAGGGAGAAGAGGUGUUUCAGUCCCUCUGCAAGAUCCUGGACGUGGCCAGCUUGGAGGUGCUGAAUGAAUGCAACCGAAGGUCUCUGAAGAAGCUGGCCAGCCAGGCCGACUCCACAGAGCAGGUGGACGACACCAUCCUGACCUGACAGACCUGGGCCUAUCCACUGGGCUCUGCAUCAGCAUUUCAGCUCCACCUCUUUGUUCAAUGUUUUCAUUUUUGGAAAUACGUUUGUUCUGAUGGGGAGCUUAGGAGAUGGCGUUCCCAGAAAGUAUUUUAAUAUAUCAGCAGACCACAGCCAAAGCCUUAAAUCAAACCCACACACAACUGAAAAUUGCCUCCUCCAUCUCUCACCCUUUUCUUUGGAGACGAGAAGGAAAAGCACAUGGGUGAGCCUCACCCAGUGGUAGCCAAGAGCUGCUUGUCCGCUCUGCAUGGCUAGGUCUGGAACAAGGAGGCUCAGACUUCAGCUUCCCGGUCUCCUGUGCUUGAGCUCUGGUCCCAGGGCCAGUGCUGCCAGCCUUUGCCUAGAUCCUGACGGGCACAGAACCGUGGAGGUGUGCCCAGUGUGGUGUGCCUUGGCGUGGCUUUUCAGCAUUGUGUAGCCCAACUGGAUCUGACCCUCCAGGUGACAAUGACACACACAUAGCCCUAGCAGUUCGCAAGUCGGGAGAGGGGUAUAGGUUUAAAUGCAGGUGGUUUGAAGGAGGGAUGUUUAAUAAAGGCUUUGAUUUAAUCUUUUUUUUUUUUUUUUUU